CGUCAGCGUUGCUGGAGGAAGGUUCUCAGCUCUAUGACUGCGCCACACUUGAUAAAACGUUCAUCCGGCGAAUAACUGACGUUCACGAUGAGCUCUACAUCCACGCGUGACGGUUGGAAGUCAACCUCGAGCGGCAGCGGCUCGGAGUCAACCGGCCUGAAGAUCGUCAGCGGCGUCGACGGCUUCAGCUUCAGCGUCGAGGACUCAGACUUUACAGUCGAGGGGAGCGGCAACAGAAGCAGCUGCAAUUCCGGCGAAAGCGGGGGAGUUUGGAGUGAACUCAUCAAGUUUGACUCGAUGGCUGAUCACCGAGACAGAAUCUAUUCCAUCACCCCGGCCCAAUUCUACGACGCCAUGGAGCAAUGCUCCCAGGCGGACGGAGGUGUCCUGGAUGAGGUGUUAGUUUACUACGCGCCUCUCCAAAGCGACCAGGAGAAAUGGGUCAAGACCUUCCAUAAGGGUAGGAACGAGGACCCCGUGGCCAUUUCCCACUACUACAUCGUCUUGAAGAUAGGAAGAGCUUUCUGGUCAAUGGAUAAGUUUGAUGACGGCAUAUUGUUUCAGCGCAGUUUAUCGAAGGAUGCCUUCGUGUCUACGGCGCUGAAGCAAGCAAGGAUUAUCGCAGGGUGUGAGUGCAAGCUUCGAUGCAGCGACUCGCACUCGAGCCUUGGGAAAAGUCUGGAUAGUUUCAUUCGUUGGAUGAAAGGAUCGGACCAUCUGACCAGACCAUAUGACUGGAUUAAGAGCAACUGCCGUGACCUGUCCAUAGAGUUCAUGUCCCAGUUUGUUUUGAGUUCUCACGAAGCCAAAGCAAGGGAAGGUUUCAAACCACAAACAGUGAUGCGCCUAAUGUCGCCAACGUUUAUGGGUGGCUAUCUCUUCGGCGAAAGACGUGUCACGCAUGUCGCAGAAACUGCGCUGGAUAAGUUCACGGAUGUCGCAGAAACUGCGCUGGAUAAGUUCGCGGAUGCCGCAGAAACGGCAAUGGAUAAGUUAAACGUCAGACUGCUCCACAGACGUAAUUAAGGCGUCGAUUUCAAACAACCGGAUUUAGGUUCCUCCAUAAUUGUGUGCACGACGCACCGGGACACAUUUGGACAUCAAAAACAGGAAUUCCCCUAUUAAACGGCAUCUAUUCUAUUUCCAUAAAAAAAAUAAAUUGUAUCAAUUAUACAAUAGAUAGAUCAAUAUACCGUUUUUAAACAUGUCGCUUUCUUAGACAAUAAUUUCUGCCAAUCAAUGAUUUAUCCAAUAUAUCUCCUUAACAAAU